AUGGUGAACGGCAGUGGCUCUGCUGAGAGUGUUACGAAUGGUGGCUACUAUGAAAAUUCGUCACCGGUAGCUAGAUGCACGUUGUCGAAAAUGUUGGAAGCCGGUGCGAGCAAUGCAGCUAUAAUGGUGACAUGGCCACCGAGUAAUAAGCACCGUCGUGGCGAUCCUGUAAAAGUUUCUUCAUAUGUCAAGCGUCAAAGCACUCCAGUAUCAGCAACUAUCUCAGUAAAACAACGUAUCCCUCGCAUGAGUCCACGAGUCGAUAGAAUAGAAAGUUUAUUACUUCUUUUUCAGUCUGAUUUCGAAUCAAGAAUGUCUGGAACGAGAUAUGAAUUCAGAAGGCGUAAUUCUGCCCCUCCCUCUACAAGAGCCAGUGACUUUGACGCUCGUCGUUGUACAGCUAGCGCCCCACCCAUUUGUGUUGGCAAUGAUUGUGAUCCUUAUCUUUUCUGCUUGUCUCCUUCAAUGAACACG